AUGGCAGUUGAAUCAAAUGCAAAACAAUUUUCUGUCAAUAUGAUUUGGAUCUAUUCGAAUACUACAAAUCUGUCAAAAGAUGAUUUUAUGCCGUCCGAUCAAUUACAAAUGACUCUGGCGGAUACUCUCAAUUAUUUUCCUAUACUAGCUAGUCGUGCUACAGAAGAUACGAAAGGCAAUGUUACUAUGCAUUUGACAAAUGAAGGUGUUCUUUACACUGAAGCAGAAUGUCCAAAUCAAACUUUAGACUAUUUUAUACCGCAAACAUUUCUAGACGAAGGAUUUGAUUAUGAACAUAUCAAUACGAGUGAUUUAGCUGUAAGAAUAAAAACCGAUUGGACAGGACCUUGCAUGUCAAUACAAGUGACGCGUCUCAAGUGUAAUAGUGUUAUUCUUAGUAUAUCAGCUUCUCAUUGUUUAACGGAUGCAGAAAGUAUGUCACAUUUUAUUAAUACAUGGGCUUCUGGUAAGCCACCACAAAAGAUGCCAAUGUUCGACAAAACUUUCAUCUUAUAUCCUACUGAACAACAACAACAACAACAACGGAUAAAUUCUCAGACUCGACCAAAGGACUGUGUUUUCAAUCGAAAUAUCAAUCCAUCAUCUAAUACACCAUUCAUUCAAGCACAAUCACAACGUGUAAUUUCUAAAGUUUAUGUUUUCUCUAUUGACGAGUUAAAUAAUCUUAAAAAAGAAGCAUCAAAAGACAUAUCAAAAUCCAUUGAUUACAUCAGUACUUACGAUGCUCUUUAUGCGCACAUGAUUUUAGUGAUUGCAGCAGCCACUCAAACCUCAUUAACUGAUAAUAUCAAAAUUCUACAAUCGUUCAAUGGUCGAUCAAAUUUCGUUUCUUGUUGUUCAUCAACUGUUCUCAAUUACUUUGGUUCAUUUCCAUUUUGGCUCUACGAUGAGAUACCAUCAGAUCGGGAACCAACUCUUUCAUCAUUAGCAGAACUGAUCCAUAAAAUGUAUUCAAAACAAUCGGAACAUACAUUGAGAGAAUAUAAUGCUUAUUUAAUGAGUGGUGAUGGUGACAUAAACAAAAAUCGAGUAGAUGCAGAUAUAAUUAAUCAUGAUUUUCAUUGUGUAUCAUGGCGAAAAGGAAAUUUAUUGAAUGCUAAUUUUGAUAAUAGUGGAUUUCCUAUCUACAGUGGACCAACUAAUUAUUUAUAUCCACGAUAUUUUCCAAUGAUGGAUACAUAUGCAAGAGAUGGAUCAAUUAAUAUUGUACUAGGAUUGAGAGAGGAAGAUUAUAAACGAAUGAUACAACAAAAUAUGCUACAUAAAUAUCGAUAA